AUGAGAGCCGAAGAAGAAAUGCUCAUCACUCUGUCUGGAGGUGCCCCCUGGGGCUUCCGGCUGCAAGGGGGCUCUGAGCAGAAAAGACCCCUUCAGGUGUCAAAGAUCCGAAAGCGAAGCAAAGCAUGCCGUGGAGGCCUGUGGGAAAAUGAUGUGCUGGUAUCUAUCAAUGGGAAGUCAUGUGCUGGCCUCUCCCAUGCUUCUGCCAUGCAGAUCAUCGACUCAUCCAAUGGCAUGCUCAAUAUCCGAGUGAAAAGGACAGUUGGUGGGGACCAGACUGGCCCGCGGCUUCAGCGCUCCCCUUCCCCAGGGCAGCGAGUGCUCUCCCCACCAUCCGCACUCAGCCCCACGGCACAGCUCCUGAGCUCGGCUCCGGCAGGAGCCCCAGCCACCACACAGCCCUCACAGCCCCGUAAGCCACAGAGGCACCUGGACAGCCUCACCUCCCCACCGGAUAGCGAGGCCUACUAUGGUGAGACUGACAGUGAUGCAGACAACGUGGCCCAGGAGAAGCACCGCCGGGCCCGCAAGAAGUCCCCACGCUCCCCGCCAGACGGCACCAACAGCAAGGCAGAUCUGCCCCAGGACGAGGUGUCCCUGUCUGAGCAGAGCGGCUAUGAGAGCUUGCCGGAGGCUGCCAUGCAGAAGGAAGCCAAGGAGGCCAGCUACAGUGGGGUGGCCAAGAGGGAGAUUGCCUGUCCACCCGGCAGCCGUGCAGACACCCCUUUCUCAGAGAGCGAGGGACAGUUGCGGCCGUCCUCAACAGAGGGUCGUGAGCCUUCUCCAGAGGCGAUGCUCCUACCCCAUGCCACCAAGGCUAUCCGAGCAGAGCGCCAUCUCAUCCCCAUGGUGGGGCCAGUGGAGCACCCAGUUGAUGAAGAUCUAACCACCACAUAUGCAGAGAAAGCCAAGCAGGCUAAGCUUCACCGCCACGAGAGCAUCCAAGAGAAGAACGUGAAAGAAGCCAAAACCAAGUGCAGAACCAUUGCAUCCCUGCUGACAGACGCACCCAACCCCCACUCCAAGGGGGUGUUGAUGUUCAAGAAGCGCAGACAGAGGGCCAAGAAAUAUACACUAGUGAGCUUUGGGAGUGUUGACGAAGACCGUUCCUACGAGGAGGAAGACGGAAUUUUUCCAACUAGUGAGUCUGAAUUUGAUGAGGAAGGUUUCUCUGACGCCCGAAGUUUAACAAAUCACUCAGACUGGGACAACACUUACCUGGACAUUGAAAAGUCCAAGUCAGUCUCUGAGCAGAAAGAAGAGAAGCAAAAAGGUUUGAGUGAAGCCUCGGGUAAAGGAGCACGGUUAUUUGAACAGCAGAGGGAACGGGCAGGGAAGUACACAGUGGAAAAAGUCCCUGCACAGAGGAGCCCCCAGCUCACCCCAGCUGCCCAGCCACAGCCGGGCAUGGUGAAUGGAGAUAUGCCUGUGCCACAGAAGACGGCCAGUGUGCCCCUCAGCAUCCACCUGGAAGGUGUGCAAGUGCCCAGCAAGAUGCCAACCACCACACUUACUCAGGUCCUGGCUCCCCCCAGCCCCACUGUUUUCCCGCACCCCCCAGGCACACCUGACCCCUUCUCUUCAAGCACUAGUAUGUUCAACAGAUCUGCACGGCCCUUUACUCCUGGUUUUUCUGGCCAACGCCCAGCAACAUCUUCAGUCAUCUUCAGGCCAUCUGCACCCAAAAAACCUAGUGAAAACCUUGGUGGACAAAGCACGGUGGUCUCCCCUUCCUCACCUCUUGCUCCAGGAACACCUGCCAGUGCCACAGCACCAACACACCGUGGUCCAGUGAGCUCCUCCACAUCUCUGUAUAUUCCUGCACCAGGCAGGCCAACAACACCACUAGAAUCACAGCCAAGAGCUGGAGGAAGCGCUCCAGAGACCAAGCCUUCUGCCAGCCCUGCACGGACAUCCACUGCCUCUAUAUUCCUGUCAACUCCCUCAAAGCCAGGAGGGGAGGUGGCCUCUGCAGCAUCUCAGCCUCGAGUCCCUGGAACAGCCUCUUCUUCCUUGUAUAUUAGCCCAGCACCAGCACAGCAUAUGGUAAGCACCUCCCCGCUGCCAGUGCAGCUUUCUGCCAACUCAGCAGCAACACCACGGCCUCCUUCUGAGCCCUUAACUUCCAGGGAGCAGAGGAUUGCCGUGCCAGCUCCCCGCACAGGCAUCCUGCAGGAGGCUCGCCGGCGGGGCAACAAGAAACCCAUGUUCAGUAAGGUUGAGGAAAAGAAGAACUCACCCAACCCCGAGCUCCUGUCUCUGGUGCAGAACCUGGAUGAGAAGCCGAAAGGUGACCACCUUGGGGCAGGCUUUGAGUCUGGGCCUGAGGAGGAUUUCCUCAGCCUGGGUGCUGAAGCCUGCAACUUCAUGCAGUCCUCAGGCCGCAAGUUUAAGACCCCACCUCCAGUGGCUCCUAAGCCUCAGCAGCAAGAUGCUGGACUGGUAAAUGGGGCCCAUGACAUGCCUCAGCUUAAAGGCAAGGGGGCACAGCUCUUUGCCAAACGCCAGAGCCGCAUGGACAAGUUUGUGGUGGAGACAGCAACGAAGCCAGAGUCCAAGCCCAGGACCCCUUCACCUUCCCCUUCUCUGCCUUCAUCCUGGAAAUAUUCACCCAAUAUCCGGGCUCCGCCUCCGAUAGCUUACAACCCAAUGCAUUCCCCUUUCUAUCCUCUGGCAGCCAGCAAGUCUCAGGCUAGUAAGGCAGAGAGCAAAGUGAAAAAGGCACCUGGCCAGAAGUCAGGGAACAAGGCCAUUGAUUUAAUGCACCAUCAGCCCUAUCAAUUAAAGUCAGCCAUGUUCUGUUUUGGUGAUCCCCCGAGCUCCAGCACUCAGAAGUCUCCUGGUCAGCCAGGCCAGCAGGCCAGCUCGUCCUUCACUGCAGCCAAGCAGGUCCCUGUGAAAACAGCCAAAACACAGGAGAUUCGUCGCUUCUCCACCCCUGCUCCCAUGCCUGCUUCGAGCAGCUUGGCACCCACUGUGCUUGUGCCCCGCUCAGCCACCACGUUGGAUGAGCCCGUGUGGAGAACAGAAAUGGCUUCUUCUGCUCCUGCUACCCCAGCACCCUUCCAGAUGGAGCUCAGCCAGUCCCCUAAGCCAUAUCAGAGUUCCCCAGAGUUUGGUCAGGCAAGCCUGGGGCCCUCCCCAAACCCAGCUUCAGCCUCUCGUUUUCAGGUGGCCAGGCCCAAAUUCUCAGCAGCCAGAACAGGAAUGCAGGCGAAUGUGUGGAGGCCAAGCUUUGGCCACCACUGAGGCACGCAUCAUUCCCAUCCCACCCAUGGCCCUGCAGAGGUAGUGUUCAUUUUGUCUUUCUUGUCAGCUCAGUAUGUUGGGGUGGUGUGACACAAAAUGAAGAAAAGAGAAAAAAAAAAGUACUCCCCUUCUGCACCACCCUCUCCCCCCACCUCUCUUUGAACCUGGAUAGGCAGCUUCGUGGCAAGGUUUAUGGCUGUGGCUACAGAUGAAGGAAGAAUGUGCAGAGAGGGCAUGCGUGGUACUCAAGGACUGGGAACUCACAUAUAGCAGCAAAGCACACCUCUGGAGAGGUGAACUGUAGCUGCUGUCUCACAAGAGGAUGUGAAGUGGUUUUCCUCUGAGGGCUUUGGAGUCAGCUUUGAAUGAAGAAGUCUUGAGGGGACAAAAGCCUUGCUGGAAGAAAGGAUUCCAAUGCAGAAGUCCUACCUUUCCCAUAAAACUGUUUUUUUAAAAAGCCUGUUAGUCUGUACAUAUGCACUUGUAUGCCCACAUGUACACACACUGAACAGCAGUAAAGCAAAAGGAGAAGUGGGCUCUGCCAUGUACAAUUCUGCCAGAUACCCCUUCUGAGAGGCAUGGGAAAGGAGGUAAGGGAGCAGAGCAGGAGUGCUGGCACGCACACAUGGAAGCAGCAUGCACUGUGCAGGAGGAUGACUAUGGGUGCCUGUUCCUCUAGUCACCAGGGCUGGAGUUGAAAGGGAGUCAUCUAGCUGGCACUAAACACAGCUGUAAGGUCUGGGAGCAGUUUGACAGUGGGGCCUUGAAUGUACUUGCUAGGCUACCACAACCUGGAGGAAUCACGGAAGGAAGUGUUAAAUUUUGGAGAUAAAUAAAUAGCAAAGCUGAGCUCAGGCUGUGGCUGGUAGGCUCCAAGCAAGCCCUGCAGCACUGGUCCCACUGAACAGGAGAUAGAUUCUGUAAGUAUUAAGAAGGAUUGUGUAGGAAAAGGUAAAGUUGCCUUUAAAAGGAAGCAGGAUUGAAUAUGCAUUUAUACAUGAGCUUUUUGUUUAGUUUAGGAAAGAAAUAUAGCUAGAUUGGAAGUGGUUCACUACAUAAAACUUCCUUAAAAUUGUUGCGCUGGAAAAUAUAUCCUCUCUACAGAUAGUCUCAGCAGGAGAAUGGGAGACAGAGAAAUGGAGUCAUCAGUGAAAUUUCAUACUAAAUGACUUAAUUAUCCAUGAGAUUAUUGAUAAAAACUGAAGUGCUUUGAGAUUCCCAGAGGAUCUGCAUUCUUACACAUGCAUACAGAGCUCAAUCUGCUGGCAGUGCUGGGGAAAUAGGACUAGUUAUUCUUUGAAUGUCCCAGGCUAGAUCAAUAGCGUAUAAGAAGAAAGUAUUCCCUUUACUAAGGAAGAAUUCAGGGUAUCAGUAGGGUUUCUUUGCAUGUGCAUGUGUGUAUCACAUGUGCUCUGGUCCAUACAUCCCUGUCAUUUGCUUUCCUGCCCUUUCUCCUCCUUUUGUAGCAGUUCCACACAUUGGGCUGGAGAAUCUCACUAGCAACUUAGUCCUGGACAAGUUUGAGAGGGAGAGAAUGAGAGAAAAGUAAAAGCAAUACACAAUCCUUCCAGAUCUCUUUGAAUCCUUCAAGUCUGGCUGGGCUUGCUUUGCAGACCUGUGUUUGCAGCAUUCAUUGAUGGGGACCCUGGAAUGUAGAAAAUCAAGCUGGAGAAGGAGGAGAAAAACAAUUACAUCUCUCUUGGCAAACUAUCAGCUGUGGGAGACGAUGGAGAGAAAACCUUUGGGAAUGUCCUGCGUUAAUAAGAAAAGGGAUGCAACUGGUUGUAUGACAUGGGAGCAGCCAACCUCAAAUGAUGAGGUGAUGCU